AUGUCCAGGGAGGAGGAAGGCAAACUUAUGUAUGGAAUGUUAUUUUCCAUAAAAUCAUUUGUUGCAAAGAUUUCACCUCUGGACCCGAAAGAUGGUUUCUUAAAUUAUAAAACAUCAAAAUACACUCUUCAUUGCUUAGAAACACCAUCUGGAAUUAAAUUUGUUAUGAAUACCGAUAAUCAAGCUCAAGGUGUACGGGAAUUAUUGAAGAAAAUUUAUGGAGAGAUUUAUGUGAAGUAUGUUGUAAGAAACCCUAUGUGUGGGAUCGGGGAGCCCAUUACUAGUGAAUUAUUUAAAAAUAAACUAGAUACCUUUAUUAAACAAGCGCCAUUGUAUACUGUAAGGGCUUCU